GGUAGGGUCCAUCUCGGCUAGAUGUGGAUGAUGCCAGAGCUAUGACAGGGACUGCAGUCUUGGCACUGAGGGGUGAUCAAUUAUGGAACAACUACAGGAGGAAGUACCUGAGGUCAAGGAAGAGGAGGAGGAAGAGGCAGUGAUAGCGACAAGCGGAGCCUCAGACCCAAGUGGAGGACCAGACAGCUCACUGCCAUCGAGCAGUUACACAGACCUCUCACAGAGCUCCUCUCCCUCCCUGUCAGACCAGCUGCAGAUGGGCUGCGAGGAGGCAGCCUUGGGAGCACUGAACGUGGAGUGCAGGGUGUGUGGGGACAAGGCCUCAGGGUUCCACUACGGUGUCCACGCCUGUGAGGGCUGCAAGGGCUUCUUCCGCCGGACGAUCCGCAUGAAGCUGGAGUACGAGAAGUGUGAGAGGAGCUGCAAGAUCCAGAAGAAGAACAGGAACAAGUGCCAGUACUGCCGCUUCCAGAAGUGCCUCUCACUGGGCAUGUCACACAAUGCAAUCCGCUUCGGCCGCAUGCCAGAGGCAGAGAAGAGGAAGCUGGUGGCAGGGCUGACGGCCAGUGAGGUCAGCUGCCAGAACCCACAGGUGGCCGACCUGAGAGCUUUCUCCAAGCACAUCUACAAUGCCUACCUGAAAAACUUCAACAUGACCAAAAAGAAGGCGAGAGGCAUCCUGACUGGGAAGGCCAGCAGCACCCCACCUUUUGUGAUCCACGACAUGGACACCUUGUGGCAGGCAGAAAAGGGACUGGUGUGGAAGCAGCUGGUGAAUGGCAUUCCCCCCUACAAGGAGAUUGGGGUGCAUGUCUUCUACCGCUGCCAGUGCACCACAGUGGAGACUGUGCGGGAGCUCACUGAGUUCGCCAAGAGCAUCCCCAGCUUCAUAGGCCUGUACCUGAACGACCAGGUGACGCUGCUGAAGUACGGGGUGCACGAGGCCAUCUUCGCCAUGCUGGCCUCCAUCAUGAACAAGGACGGGCUGCUGGUGGCCAAUGGGAAUGGCUUCGUGACCCGCGAGUUCCUGCGCAGCCUGCGCAAGCCCUUCAGCGAGAUCAUGGAGCCCAAGUUCGAAUUCGCUGUCAAGUUCAACGCGCUGGAGCUGGAUGACAGCGACCUGUCCCUCUUCGUGGCUGCCAUCAUCCUCUGCGGAGAUCGUCCUGGCCUGAUGAACGUGAAGCAGGUGGAGGAGAUCCAAGAAAACAUCCUGCAGGCACUGGAGUUUCACCUGCAGUCUAACCACCCCGAUGCCCAGUACCUCUUCCCCAAGCUGCUGCAGAAGAUGGCUGACCUGCGGCAGCUGGUGACAGAGCACGCUCAGCUGGUGCAGAAGAUCAAGAAGACAGAGACAGAGACAUCUCUGCACCCUCUUCUGCAGGAGAUCUACAAGGACAUGUACUAAGAACCUGUUAUUUAUGAGAACAAAGCCAUGGAUUCCCACCAAGACUUUGUACAGAAACAAAGAAAACCUUCCCCUAUGUCUUCCAUUUCCUUCUGGAAACUUCUGUCCCUGAUCCUGAUGUAUGGUACGCAGGGCUGAGAUGCUGUGAGGCAGCCACCAGCUGCUGGGUCAGGCCUUUCGUUACCCACCCUGGCACCUCCACAAAGGCAAACCAUAAGCUACUAUUUCUG